GUUACUGAUAGUGGAAACACUUAAAACUUGAGUCUCGAUGUAUCGGACUUGAAAGUUUUCAAAUUUGUUUUUAAAAACGUAACAUCUGACCGAUGCAAAGUAAAAUUUGCAUUAUUAUUUCAUUUUAAUUAUCGAAAUAAUUGUCUUCUUAAAUUGACAUUGCUCUAGAAAUUACAAUGUUUUGUGACGAAUUCGGUGAUGGUUUGGACAACAACUAUGUUAUUAAUCCAGAAAAAGAUCCUGUGAAUUCGAAAACAUUUGGUGUUAAUAAAAGAUCAAAGUUCGGUAGAAAAGAGAAUGGUAACGGCCCAAAGUCUAAUGGAAAAAAUCAAAAGAGAAAUUCGGACGACAAAAAUAAUGGAUAUGUAUCUGCGAUGUUUAGAAAUAAUCCACAAGUACCUGUAGGCGUUAUCAAUAAACAAGCCGAGAACCAAACUGUAAUUAAAAAAAACAAAAACUCUUUGUUUUCAACUUCAACAUUUAAGGAUUUAACUGAUCUACACCCACAUAUGGUUGCAAAUUUAGAACAGACCUUAGGAGUGACUAAAUUGACUACUGUUCAAAGUCAAGCCAUCCCAGUCUUAUAUUCAGGUAAAGAUGCUAUGAUUCAAUCUGAAACUGGGAGUGGUAAGACAUUUGCAUAUGCUGUUCCACUUAUUGAGUCGUUACACAAGAUUCGUCCAAAAUUAUCUAGAACAGAUGGUCUCCGAGCAUUAAUUAUUUUGCCAACCAGAGAAUUGGCGUUACAAACCUAUGACAAUUUUAUCAAAUUAUUGAAACCUUACACAUGGCUUGUACCGGGUAUGUUUACUGGUGGUGAAAAACGAAAAUCUGAAAAAGCUCGUAUGAGAAAAGGUAUCACAAUACUUAUAGGAACACCUGGGCGAUUAUUGGACCACACAAUGAACACCAAAUCAAUAUCAUUUAAAUCACUUCAAUGGUUAAUAAUUGAUGAAGCUGAUAGGAUGCUUGAUCUUGGAUAUGAAAAAGAUAUCACAAGUAUAUUAUCUGCUGUUGACGAACAGCGUGAUGAGUCUAUAUCUCGACAAACUAUCCUAUUAUCUGCUACUUUAUCUGAAGGAGUACAGCGGCUUGCAGGAUUAUCACUCAAAGACCCUGUUCAUAUUGAUGCAUCUUCCAUAGGAGUUUCUGAUCCAGAAUGCUUAGCAAUACCUGAUAGUCUUAUGCAAUAUUAUGUCAUAGCUCCUCCUAAAUUAAGAUUGGUUACACUUUCUGGUGUAUUGUUACAAAAAUUACAAAAAGGUCAGAAUUCAAGUAAAACAUUAGUUUUUAUGGCUACUCAAGAUAUGGUUGACUUUUAUACUGAACUAUUAACCACUGUUUUAACUUGCUUAACAAUGUUUAAACUUCAUGGAAAUAUGACUCAAGUAGAACGUAUGGAUGUUUUCAAAUCAUUUAAAGCAGCAAAUCACGGAGUAUUGUUUUGUACCGAUGUGGCAUCUAGAGGUCUAGAUUUACCUUUGGUAGAUCGUAUAAUACAGUUCAAUGCACCAAUUACACCUACAGAUUAUGUACACAGAGUUGGUCGAACUGCAAGAGUUGGUCAGAAAGGUGAAGCAAUUUUAUUCUUGACACCACAUGAAGCUUUGUUUAUAGCCAAACUUCAAGAUCAUUCUAUUAUAGCUUCUGAGUUAAAGAUGGAUAAAUGUUUGACAUCAAUUCUUACAAUGGAGUUUGAAGGGGAAUAUGUAAAAACAGCUGAAAUGGCAGCUAAUAUUUUACAAUCUCGUAUGGAAACUGCGGUUGUUGAACAAGAUCGUCUUCACGAAUUGGGCUGUAACGGUUUCAAAUCUUGGGUUAGAUCCUAUGCAAGUUAUCCAAAAAGCAGUCGAGAAGUAUUUAAUUUUAAAGAUUGUCAUCUUGGACAUUAUGCUAAGAGUUUUGCUCUACGUGAUGCACCAAGAAUAAUUGGAGGCAUUGGUAAACCGAAAAAGGAUCCUAGAAUGAAAAACCAAAGGAAAAUACCCAAGUCCGAUAGCGGUCCAUUGUUUAAAAAACGGAAAUCGGACAAAAUCGGAUCGACUUCGGAGUUCGACAGUGGAAUGAAGGCCAAGAAAAGGAAAAUGAAUUAAUAGAUUUCAUUCGUACAUGUAAUGUUAUUAUCGAAUCGCCAAUUUUGUAAACGACAAUGUAUUGUUAUAAUGAAAAUAAAAUACAUUUUUUUAUUUA